AUAAAGAUGAAGUGUUUGGUGAAGAACUUAGUUUAAUUAUUAAGAAAGAAAAUUCUACCAAUAAACUCUUUGACAAAAUGGCAGAAAACCCUAAAUAUGAAGAGGCAAUUACUGACUAUACAAUUGAUCACAAAAUCAGGAAAAUAAAUUUCGGGAUAGCCACAACUAUAGAGGUCGCUCAAGAAUAUACAGCAACCAAAACACUUCAACGAACUAAAAGAAGUUUCAAUACCAAUAAGAAAGAGCUUGAUGUCUUAUCUAAAAGAAUGGUCACAAUUAACAGAUCUAUUGUAGCAUACUUAUAUAAUCAAAGUGGGAUAUUACUCAGAAUAGAUAACUUCCCAUUAUUAAGAUACCUUUCCCUAAAUACUCAUCAAGUAAUUACUCCAGAACUAUUAGCGAUAAGUGAAGUACAUAAUUACAUAGAUGGCUACCCAAUAGGAAAGCACCUGGAUAUAGUGAAAUUCAUGAUAACAAUACAAAAAUCAAAUCCACCACCUCCUGCUCCAGACGAUACAAUAGAUAUUAUAUCUGCACUAGAUUUUAUAGUCAGUUUAGGUCCUAAUGAGAAUAUGUCAAUUUUAGAUUUAUCAUGUAAAACAGUAUUCUUAAUCGCCUUAGGUUUGGCUCUAGGCCUAGUGAUCUAUACAGAAACGAACCCAGAAAUAGAGAACCACUACAAACCAUCAUGA